ACAACUCCUGCAGGCACACCUCCCUCCCCGCCUGCCAGUGUCACCAGCCUGUUGCCUCUGUGAGAAAGUACCACUGUAAGAGGCCAAAGGGCAUGAUCAUUUUCCUCUUUCACCCUGUCUAGGUUGCCAGCAAAUCCCACGGGCCUCCUGACGCUGCCCCUGGGGCCACAGGUCCCUCGAGUGCUGGAAGGAUGAAGGAUUCCUGCAUCACCGUGAUGGCCAUGGCGCUGCUGUCUGGGUUCUUUUUCUUCGAGAGGCCAAACGGGAAGUUGUGUCCUCAGGCCCUGGGAAGAGCUUUCAGAGCUCUAGGGGGGCCGGGAGUUGCUCCUUCCAUAUUCCCAGAAGUCAACGCCCUGGAGGGGAAGCGCAGGCGCCGGCCUCGAGCUACAACCUGGACGUGCGGGGCGCGCGGAGCUUCUCCCCACCGCGCGCCGGGAGGCACUUUGGAUACCGCGUCCUGCAGGUCGGAAACGGGGUCAUCGUGGGAGCUCCAGGGGAGGGGAACAGCACAGGAAGCCUCUAUCAGUGCCAGUCGGGCACAGGACACUGCCUGCCAGUCACCCUGAGAGGUUCCAACUAUACCUCCAAGUACUUGGGAAUGACCUUGGCAACAGACCCCACAGAUGGAAGCAUUUUGGCCUGUGACCCUGGGCUGUCUCGAACGUGUGACCAGAACACCUAUCUGAGUGGCCUGUGUUACCUCUUCCGCCAGAAUCUGCAGGGUCCCAUGCUGCAGGGGCGCCCUGGUUUUCAGGAAUGUAUCAAGGGCAACGUAGACCUGGUAUUUCUGUUUGAUGGUUCGAUGAGCUUGCAGCCAGAUGAAUUUCAGAAAAUUCUGGACUUCAUGAAGGAUGUGAUGAAGAAACUCAGCAACACUUCGUACCAGUUUGCUGCUGUUCAGUUUUCCACAAGCUACAAAACAGAAUUUGAUUUCUCAGAUUAUGUUAAACGGAAGGACCCUGAUGCUCUGCUGAAGCAUGUAAAGCACAUGUUGCUGUUGACCAACACCUUUGGUGCCAUCAAUUAUGUCGCGACAGAGGUGUUCCGGGAGGAGCUGGGGGCCCGGCCAGAUGCCACCAAAGUGCUUAUCAUCAUCACGGAUGGGGAGGCCACUGACAGUGGCAACAUUGAUGCGGCCAAAGACAUCAUCCGCUACAUCAUCGGGAUUGGAAAGCAUUUUCAGACCAAGGAGAGUCAGGAGACCCUCCACAAAUUUGCAUCAAAACCCGCGAGCGAGUUUGUGAAAAUUCUGGACACAUUUGAGAAGCUGAAAGAUCUAUUCACUGAGCUGCAGAAGAAGAUCUAUGUCAUUGAGGGCACAAGCAAACAGGACCUGACUUCCUUCAACAUGGAGCUGUCCUCCAGCGGCAUCAGUGCUGACCUCAGCAGGGGCCAUGCAGUCGUGGGGGCAGUAGGAGCCAAGGACUGGGCUGGGGGCUUUCUCGACCUGAAGGCAGACCUGCAGGAUGACACAUUUAUUGGGAAUGAACCAUUGACACCAGAAGUGAGAGCAGGCUAUUUGGGUUACACCGUGACCUGGCUGCCCUCCCGGGAAAAGACUUCGUUGCUGGCCUCGGGAGCCCCUCGAUACCAGCACGUGGGCCGAGUGCUGCUGUUCCAAGAGCCACAGGGCGGAGGACACUGGAGCCAGGUCCAGACAAUCCAUGGGACCCAGAUUGGCUCUUAUUUCGGUGGGGAGCUGUGUGGCGUCGACAUGGACCAAGAUGGGGAGACAGAGCUGCUGCUGAUUGGUGCCCCACUUUUCUAUGGGGAGCAGAGAGGAGGCCGGGUGUUUAUCUACCAGAGAAGACAGUUGGGGUUUGAAGAAGUCUCAGAGCUGCAGGGGGACCCUGGCUACCCACUCGGGCGGUUUGGAGAAGCCAUCACUGCUCUGACAGACAUCAACGGCGAUGGGCUGGUAGACGUGGCUGUGGGGGCCCCUCUGGAGGAGCAGGGGGCUGUGUACAUCUUCAAUGGGAGGCACGGGGGGCUUAGUCCCCAGCCAAGUCAGCGGAUAGAAGGGACCCAAGUGCUCUCAGGAAUUCAGUGGUUUGGACGCUCCAUCCAUGGGGUGAAGGACCUUGAAGGGGACGGCUUGGCAGAUGUGGCUGUGGGGGCUGAGAGCCAGAUGAUCGUGCUGAGCUCCCGGCCCGUGGUGGAUGUGGUCACCCUGAUGUCCUUCUCUCCAGCCGAGAUCCCAGUGCAUGAAGUGGAGUGCUCCUAUUCAACCAGUAACAAGAUGAAAGAAGGAGUUAAUAUCACAAUCUGUUUCCAGAUCAAGUCUCUCAUCCCCCAGUUCCAAGGCCGCCUGGUUGCCAAUCUCACUUACACUCUGCAGCUGGAUGGCCACCGGACCAGAAGACGGGGGUUGUUCCCAGGAGGGAGACAUGAACUCAGAAGGAAUAUAGCUGUCACCACCAGCAUGUCAUGCACUGACUUCUCAUUUCAUUUCCCGGUAUGUGUUCAAGACCUCAUCUCCCCCAUCAAUGUUUCCCUGAAUUUCUCUCUUUGGGAGGAGGAAGGGACACCGAGGGACCAAAGGGCGCAGGGCAAGGACAUACCGCCCAUCCUGAGACCCUCCCUGCACUCAGAAACCUGGGAGAUCCCUUUUGAGAAGAACUGUGGGGAGGACAAGAAGUGUGAGGCAAACUUGAGAGUGUCCUUCUCUCCUGCAAGAUCCAGAGCCCUGCGUCUAACUGCUUUUGCCAGCCUCUCUGUGGAGCUGAGCCUGAGUAACUUGGAAGAAGAUGCUUACUGGGUCCAGCUGGACCUGCACUUCCCCCCGGGACUCUCCUUCCGCAAGGUGGAGAUGCUGAAGCCCCAUAGCCAGAUACCUGUGAGCUGCGAGGAGCUUCCUGAAGAGUCCAGGCUUCUGUCCAGGGCAUUAUCUUGCAAUGUGAGCUCUCCCAUCUUCAAAGCAGGCCACUCGGUUGCUCUGCAGAUGAUGUUUAAUACACUGGUAAACAGCUCCUGGGGGGACUCGGUUGAAUUGCGCGCCAAUGUGACCUGUAACAAUGAGGACUCAGACCUCCUGGAGGACAACUCAGCCACUACCAUCAUCCCCAUCCUGUACCCCAUCAACAUCCUCAUCCAGGACCAAGAAAACUCCACACUCUAUGUCAGUUUCACCCCCAAAGGCCCCAAGAUCCACCAAGUCAAGCACAUGUACCAGGUGAGGAUCCAGCCUUCCAUCCAUGACCACAACAUACCCACCCUGGAGGCUGUGGUUGGGGUGCCACAGCCUCCCAGCCAGGGGCCCAUCACACACCAGUGGAGCGUGCAGAUGGAGCCUCCUGUGCCCUGCCACUAUGAGGAUCUGGAGAGGCUCCCGGAUGCAGCUGAGCCUUGUCUUCCCGGAGCCCUGUUGCGCUGCCCUGUUGUCUUCAGGCAGGAGAUCCUCGUCCAAGUGAUCGGGACUCUGGAGCUGGUGGGAGAGAUCGAGGCCUCUUCCAUGUUCAGCCUCUGCAGCUCCCUCUCCAUCUCCUUCAACAGCAGCAAGCAUUUCCACCUCUAUGGCAGCAACGCCUCCCUGGCCCAGGUUGUCAUGAAGGUUGACGUGGUGUAUGAGAAGCAGAUGCUCUACCUCUACGUGCUGAGCGGCAUCGGGGGGCUGCUGCUGCUGCUGCUCAUUUUCAUAGUGCUGUACAAGGUUGGUUUCUUCAAACGGAACCUGAAGGAGAAGAUGGAGGCUGGCAGAGGUGUCCCAAAUGGAAUCCCUGCAGAAGACUCUGAGCAGCUGGCAUCUGGGCAAGAGGCUGGGGAUCCGGGCUGCCUGAAGCCCCUCCACGAGAAGGACUCUGAGAGUGGUGGUGGCAAGGACUGAGUCCAGGCCUGUGAGGUGCAGAGUGCCCAGAACUGGACUCAGGAUGCCCAGGGCCACUCUGCCUCUGCCUGCAUUCUGCCGUGUGCCCUCGGGCGAGUCACUGCCUCUCCCUGGCCCUCAGUUUCCCUAUCUCGAACAUGGAGCUCAUUCCUGCCUGUCUCCUUUGCAGGCUCAUAGGGAAGACCUGCUGAGGGACCAGCCAAGAGGGCUGCAAAAGUGAGGGCUUGUCAUUACCAGACGGUUCACCAGCCUCUCUUGGUUUCCUUCCUUGGAAGAGAAUGUCUGAUCUAAAUGUGGAGAAACUGUAGUCUCAGGACCUAGGGAUAUUCUGGCCCUCACCCCUGCCCUGGGAUGUCCACAGAUGCCUCCACCCCCCAGAACCUGUCCUUGCACACUCCCCUGCACUGGAGUCCAGUCUCUUCUGCUGGCAGAAAGCAAAUGUGACCUGUGUCACUACGUGACUGUGGCACACGCCUUGCUCUUGGCCAAAGACAAAAUUCCUUGGCAUGCCUUCCAGCACCCUGCAAAAUGAGACCCUCGUGGCCUUCCCCAGCCUCUUCUAGAGCCGUGCUGCCUCCCUGUCGAAGCUCUGGUGACACCAGCCUUUCUCCCAGGCCAGGCUCUUUCCUGUCUUCCUGCAUUCACCCAGACAGCUCCCUCUGCCUGAACCUUCCAUCUCGCCACCCCUCCUUCCUUGACCAGCAGAUCCCAGCUCACAUGUCACACUUGGUUGGGUCCUCACAUCUUUCACACUUCCACCAGCCUGCACUACUCCCUCAAAGCACACGUCAUGUUUCUUCAUCCGGCAGCCUGGAUGUUUUUUCCCUGUUUAAUGAUUGACGUACUUAGCAGCUCUCUCUCAGUGAACCGUGAGGGUAAAGGCUAUACUUGUCUUGUUCACCUUGGGAUGAUGCCUCGUGAUAUGUCAGGGCGUGGGACAUCUAGUAGGUGCUUGACAUAAUUUCACUGAAUUAAUGACAGAGCCAGUGGGAAGAUACAGAAAAAGAGGGGCUGGGCUGGGCGCGGUGGUUCACGCCUGUAAUCCCAGCACUUUGGGAGGCCAAGGAGGGUGGAUCACCUGAGGUCAGGAGUUAGAGGCCAGCCUGGUGAAACCCCAUCUCUACUAAAAAUACAAAAUCCAGGCGUGGUGGCACACACCUGUAGUCCCAGCUACUCAGGAGGUUGAGGUAGGAGAAUUGCUUGAACCUGGGAGGUGGAGGUUGCAGUGAGCCAAGAUUGCGCCAUUGCACUCCAGCCUGGGCAACACAGCGAGACUCCGUCUCAAGGAAAAAAUAAAAAUAAAAAGCGGGCACGGGCCCGUGACAUCCCCACCCUUGGAGGCUGUCUUCUCAGGCUCUGCCCCUGCCCUAGCUCCACACCCUCUCCCAUGACCCAUCACGCCUGUGCAGUGGCCCCCACAGAAAGACUGAGCUCAAGGUGGGAACCACAUCUGCUAACUUGGAGCCCCAAUGCCAAGCACAGUGCCUGCAUGUAUUUAUCCAAUAAAUGUGAAAUUCUGUCCA